CUUUGACGAAGCCGGAAAGUUCGGCUUAUGAUGUAAUAGCCUUCUAAGAGUCAAACAUGUCACCACACAGACCCGCCGAGGCAGACCACAUCCGUCACACCACGAACGACCCCUUCUCCACGGACAUCCGCAACAUAAAACAUUAAUUCGGACUACUACCUCUCUUCCAGUCGUUGCUUCGGACAUUAAACAAGUAGAUAUUCUAGACUUUUUCUAGCCCACCUUCCUACCGAAACUCAUUACUCUACACGAACUACAUCUCCAUUCAUUCAACGUCGCCUGUCUUGUACACACGAGUCAUGUUUCUCUCAAACAGAGCGCCUGAGAAGGCCCUUCCCCGCUUCCAGACAAACACGCCAUUGGAUUCAACAUUCGACAAGGACAUUCGGGAUACGCAUCUCAUCUAUGACUAUGACGCCGAAGAUGCGGAGGGCAACCCGGAAAAGUGGCGGUACGAAAUGUGGUUCUUCUCCGAGGACCGCGUCGUCUACGCCAUCCACGGCGGGCCCAUGAACGGCCGCAUAAACUACCAGACAGCGACGUAUCAAUGCAUCCGACCCGGCGAAUUGUGGCAGGUGAACUGGCUGGAAGAGACGGGAACGGUAUGCUCCUUGGUGUACGACAUCCCCAAGCAGAAAAUUUCGACUCUCAUUUCGUUUUCGAGAGGGCACUGGGAGAAUCCUCAGGCGGCGCACGGUGACAAGCGCAACCCGGGAGACUUUGCUAGAUGGAGAGUCCUCUCGAGAUUUGGAAACCAAGCAGAUAGGUUCAUGUUGUCUGAGCAGGCGGAUAUUGUCGAAAAUUUCAAGGGAAGAGGGGAUCUUGUACCGAUCGAGAAGCAUGCGAAAACGUUCUGAGUCUUUUCGCCAUGCGCGCGUGUUUUAAUGAUAGCAACUUGUAUAGCCAUGAGCCGGAGUUAAAUCAAAGAUCCGUGUGUUUCGACACAAACUACUGUCAGUCUAUACGAGACCGGAGUCAUCAACUACACAAGGCGGUGUCUCCCACCAACUGCUAGAUGGCGUCAAGACAUAUAUACGUAUGUUUUAACAAAUGAUGUCUUAACCCCUUUUAUUGCCUACUUUACAAAUAAACUCGAAAUAGACCAGGGCAAGAGAAAGACCGGAGGCUAGACAGAUGUAGUAGCGCCGUCUGGCAAUUGAGGGGAUAGUUGACCAUUCUAAUUGUCCUGUGCCCAGAUGAGCCAUUCCUUUAAACUAAUCCACCAUUCGUGGUAUCCUCCCAUUCGCCCCUCUUUGUUAAGUUCAAGUUCUGUCUAUCGGCAUACCUUCGUUCUACCGAUAGAUGGAUCAUU